ACUUCACUUUGUCCGCACAAGUCGUCUUGAUAUUGGAAACAAAAUUUUAAAAAGUUGAUUAGAAAAAAAAAAUUGUUGUCGUUAUUUUGUACACAUUGUAUAAGUUAAUAAAAAGACAACUCGUGCUGAAAUAAUUGGUAGCUAUACUAUGGUAAAUAUAUUAAAGUGAAAGUAAUCAGAAAAGUGGUCAUGACUUCGUAGUAGGCCAGUGAGAGCAUUCACAGUAUUUUAUAGACAGAGAGAAUGUGUUCAAUGAUGAGAAGGACAAGAGAAAUCCAGACUAUGUGGAGAGGGAAAUGUAUAAUUCUUAUAUAACGUUGGGAACCGGUUAAUUCACAGUGACUUACAGUGUCUUACACUCGACUGUUUGUGUCUACUCCAUUCAUUUUCAGAACAAUAGUGUCAAUAAAGGAAUAAUUUAUCAUCAAGUUUCAUAAAAUUUUGUGUAAAAUUGAAAUUAGUGAUUAUUAACUCAAAAAAGAAAAAAGAAAAAAAAGAAAAAAGGUUUAAAACCAUUACAUUUCACAGAUUAACAAUAAUGGCGAGUUACAAAUUAGUAUACUUCAAUGUAAUGGGAUUAGGAGAACCCAUCAGGUUUCUUCUUAGUUAUGGAGGUGUUGAAUUCGAGGAUGUUCGCAUAACUCAUUCUUCGGAAGAUUGGAGCAACAUGAAGCCAACGACCCCGUUCGGUCAGCUGCCUACGUUGGAAAUCAACGGCAAAGUUUACUCGCAAACAUUACCUAUUUGCCGUUACCUGGCCAAACAGUUUAAUCUGCUUGGCAAAACUGAUUUGGAUACGUUGCAGAUCGACGCGAUCGCGAGCGCUCUUUACGAUUUCAGAUGGCUGACAAUAUCGUCUUAUUAUAGAGAAUCCGAUCCUGUUUUAAAAGCCAAGAAGAAAGUCGAUGUAAUGACAAGGGUGAUACCGUUUUACUUGAAUAAAUUGGAGGAAUUGGCAAAGAACAAUGGAGGCUAUUUGCAUGGCGAUAAGUUGAGUUAUGCUGAUCUGUUUUUCGUCGGCAUCUCAGAUUCGUUGAAUACGGCUUAUGAAUCGGAUAUCACGAACGACAAGCCCUAUCUAAAAUCUUUGAAGCAGAAAGUAUUGGCGAUUCCAAAUAUUAAAGCUUGGGUGGAAAAAAGACCGAAAUUGGAAUUUUAAUGAUCGAUAUAUAUUUUUGAUGUUUAUAAUGUAAAAAGUGUGUAUUUGUAUAUUGUAUAAAUAUAACGAAAGCUCAAAUUCAAAUAUUA